AUGCCAGGUAAAGGUGAGAGUCAUGCGCACGGCGACGAGCAGCCCGUUUCUGUCGUCGCCCUGCACAGGCAUCCGUUCAGAGUGACCGUCAUCGGGUCAGGAAACUGGGGGACCACCAUCGCGAAAGUGGUCGCUGAAAACACGGCGCAGCACCCACACUUGUUCUGUAAGCAGGUCUCGAUGUGGGUCUUCGACGAGAAGGUCGGCGACGAAAUGCUCACGGAGAUCAUCAACACAAAGCAUCAGAACGUCAAGUACCUGCCCAACAUCGACCUGCCCACGAACCUUGUUGCGAACCCGGACUUGAUCGACUCCGUCCGCGACGCAGAUAUCCUCGUGUUCAACAUCCCGCACCAGUUUCUGGGCCGCAUCGUGGAUCAGCUCAAGGGCCACGUUAAACCACACGUCCGUGCGAUCUCGUGCCUCAAGGGGUUCGAGGUGGGCCGCAAGGGGGUCCAGCUGCUGUCCUCCUACAUCACCGACGAGCUGGGGAUCCAGUGUGGUGCUCUGUCCGGUGCAAACCUGGCCCCCGAGGUCGCCAAGGAACACUGGUCAGAGACCACAGUGGCGUACCAGCUGCCCAAGGAUUUCCGCGGCGAGGGGUACGACGUCGACCACCGUGUUUUGAAAGUGCUGUUCCAUAGACCGUACUUCCACGUGAACGUGAUCGACGACGUCGCGGGGAUCUCCAUCGCGGGGGCCCUCAAGAACGUUGUUGCGUUGGGGUGUGGGUUCGUCGAGGGGCUCGGGUGGGGGAACAACGCCGCAGCAGCGAUCCAGCGUGUUGGGCUCGGUGAGAUCAUCAAAUUCGGCCGUACUUUCUUCCCCGAGUGUAAAGUGGAGACUUACUACCAGGAGUCCGCCGGUGUCGCGGAUUUGAUCACUACGUGCUCCGGUGGCAGGAACGUGAAGGUCGCCAAGAUGAUGGCCAAGACGGGCAAGGACGCCUUCGAAGUGGAGCGGGACCUGCUGAACGGGCAGUCCGCGCAGGGCAUCAUCACGUGCAAGGAGGUCCACGAGUGGCUCGACACCUGCGAGAUGACCAAGGAGUACCCACUCUUCGAGGCCGUGUACCAGAUCGUCUACAACGGCGUGCCCAUGAAGAACCUGCCGGACCUCAUCGAGGAACUGGACUCCUUCGUCACCGAGGACGACGACCUCUCAGGCAGCGACCUCUCCCGCAGCGACCUCUCCCGCAGCGACAUCGCGGACGCGGCCGUCGUGGACAACGAGGGGCCACUGGUCGAUGCCUAG